AUGUGGACACAAUGUUUGACAAACUAUGAUUCGACUUGUGCCAACAAUCAAACAGUGUGUCCCGGCUUCUAUUUCUGGAAUUAUUACUAUACUAAUCGAUAUCUCAAUGUAUGCGAUUCACAAAAGAAGUGCUAUGAUAAUGCUACAAGUAUUUGUUUCAGUGAAAAUAGUACAGUAUGCCCUAUUGGAAACCAUCUCUGCGAUGGUGUCUGCUAUAAUCCUCAAUCGCAAUACUGCGUUGGUGGCAACCAUACGAUUUUUUGUUUGUCAAAUCCUUCCUCACCGAGUUGUCCUACUGCACGAAUGAAUUCCACAACCGAUGUCACCACACAACCAUCUACAACAGUUGCACCGACAUCAAGCGGUUGUUGUGCUAUUCAGAAUUAUACAGUAGAUGCCGAUUGUUGCCGACUCAGCACGGACAAAUGCCAAUGCUUUCGACAUAGUCAAGAGGAAACAUAUGGUUCGUGCGUUAAUCCCAAUGUUACACCAGUUUGUGGCGACAGUUGUCCAGUAAAAGGUAAAUGCCAAUAUGAUUCCGAUUGCUGUGAAUGCCAAUGUGCAGAAAUAAGAUUUACAAAUACCGACGGAGAAUUAUCAACAAGAAAACAAUGCAUACGACGUUAG